AUGAAUAAAGGCAAGGGCAUCUCCACUUUACGAUCCUCUUUAUUUUCGGAUUCCGUGGCAGAAACAGGCCAAGACGAAGACUUCCAAUUUACUUUUACUCCCAACAGACCAAACCGCCAUUAUGCUUUUGAUUCUGUAGGUUCUCAAAAAAGGGCCCGAACACAGAAUUCGAUGCGUGAUCCUCCGAUAAAAACAAGUCAAGACACCGAACCGGACCUGAUGGAGUAUCCCAAAGUAGAGGAAAUAGAGGACGAACCGCGUUCUUGGCCGACGUUGGCGACAAAACGACCACCAAAUGAACCCGUCCAUCGACGUUCCAACGACGCAUUGUUGGAAGAAAAUAAUCGAUUAAGGGAUCUAGUGAAAGAACUGGAAAAGCGGGCAGAUGGAGCUGAACAGGCGUUGCAGGAGUUGUCCCAACUAAAAUACACACAAACAGACCAAUUGUUUGAACGGUAUAAAGAAGCUACCGACAAACGAUAUCAAGAAUUGGAGGAUAUAGCGCAAGGACUCAAACAGUCCAAUGAACUGUACGAACAAGACAAUCAAGCAUUAAGGGCCAUUUUGGAGGAGAAUCGGAAAGAAAUUGUCAUGUUAAGAUCCAAUAGACACGCCAUCACAUCGCAUAUCACUACAAAAAUUGAAAACGCGCAAUCACAAACGAUACCAAUGGAAACGGCCUCGAUCACCAAACAAGCUACAGUAAUUAACGAUGACCGCGAACAGUUACGAAACAAGAUCAAAGAGCUAUCAUCUUCAGUUCAAUGGCUGGAGAAGGAAAAGGAUACCGCGCUGUCAGCCAACAAAGACCUCAUGGCGAAACUUGCACAGGCUUCCACAAAGGGGAUUGCGGAUGAAGAUCAGAAAAAUCUGAGGCGAAUAAAAUUCAUAUAUGAAGAGCUGACAGGGCUAUUGAUCACGGACAUCAAAACGACCGAAACCGGGAACCUUUACAACUGUAUCCAAAUGGGAAGAAAUGGAACUAUUCAUUUCAAACUAUUCCAUCCAUCGGCACCGAACGAAGAUAUGCACUAUCAACCUGUGCUUGACCGACGGCGUGAUGCCGGUCUUCUAUCCUAUCUCCCAGAAUAUCUCACCAGCGAAAUUGAUUUUAGCAAAGAAAAAGCAAGCUUAUUCCUUUGGCGCCUCAACUCCUUCCUGCAAUCCUCAGAAAAAGACAAGAAAGUCAAUAAAUAA